AUUAAUAGAAGAAUCUAGACCGUCUGAUCGCCAAAAAAGAGCCACUUCGACAAUGAGUAUGAACCAUUAUCAUUCAUAUGCUGAGAUCAACGCUUUCCUGAAUUCCAUCGUGGCUUCGAAUAGUAAUGCCCAUCUCUACAAACUCGGUUCUUCUGGCCAGGGCAGAUCUAUCAAUCUGAUUAGGUUUUCUACCGGUACGACAUCCAGCGGGGCACACAAGAAGAGCAUCUUUAUGGACGGUGGAAUCCACGCUCGUGAGUGGAUAGCCCCUGCCGUUGUCCUUUAUAUGAUCGAUCAGGUGGGUGUUCAAAAUUAA